UUUAUUUUUUUUAUAAAAAUUUAUUAAUUUUUUUGAUUUUAUUUUUUUUUUAUAAAAUUUUACUUUUUUUAUUCAAUUUUUAAGUUUUUUAUUAAUUAAAUAUUUUUAAAUUUAAUAAAAUUUUUUUAUUUUUAAACAAACUCCUCCAAAAUAAAACUCCUUCGCUACUAAAAAUUUUAUUUUUAAAUUUUUUUCUUUGUUGUCAUGUAUGUUUAUAUGUAUGCAAACCCUAAUUGUUUAUUGUGCAGUGCAUCAUAUACAAUUUUUAUAUAUAAAUAUAAAAAAUAAAACUAUUAUAAUAAUGAGCGCAGUUUCUAGACCGUUAGUCGUUAAGGUUUGUAAUUUUAAAUAUUGAAUAAAAAUUUAAAUUAAACUUAAUUCACUUUCCAAGAUUUUAUUUUGUUCUCUAGAAAUGCCUCUAUAGAAUAUUCUAUCUACUACAGUUAGAAAAGUGCCAUUUCUAAAAUUUGAGACCUUAACUCGGCAGAGACCGAACGAGUUGUACGACUUUUUCUAUGUUAACAUUUAUUAAUUAUUUGUGUCGGCAAUAAAUAUUGCCACGUCUUAUAAGAUAGUUAUGUUGCGAAAAAGUUUGAAUGACAAGUACGAAAGAGUCAUAAUAAAAUUAAUUUUCCUGUCAUAAUAUCGAAAAUUUCUACAAUUUGCUUCUAAAGAUCGGUUAUUAUCGGUAGAAUGGAGCAGGAGAAUUGCACGUUAACUGGCAUUGAACACUUCCCACAAAUAUUUACCUAUUCAACGACGAGCUAUGAACUCAUCAUUGUCAGCUUUGCUAUCACUUUGUAUGCAUUUUUAGGUCUCGCCAUUGUCUGCGAAGAGUAUUUGAUAUUCGCCAUGAUUAAAAUAUGUCAUCAACUGGAUAUGAGGAUUGUUAUGGCUGAUGCCAUAUUGCUAGCGUUCGGCACGUCACUACCCGAACUGUGUAUUUGCAUAAUAUGCAUUAAUGUGGCUAAAACGAACGCGGGCUAUUGCCUGAUGCUUGGCUCGGUGGCGUUCGACAGCUUCGCUGUGGUCGGCUUAUGCGGUUUAAUCGCCAGAGAGCGUCUCACACUGGAUUGGUGGACAACUAGCAGAGAUUGCGGCGCUGUCUGCUUCGGUGUUAUUUGCUUCGUGUUUUUUACGCUAUUAGGCAUCAGUUGGUUCAUCAAAUCGGUAAUGCUGAUAACUUUCUAUGUUAUCUUUUUAAUUUACUUAAACUGUGACAAGUUCUUGCAAGAAAAGUUACGUGAUAUGAAUGAGGAGACAACGCGUACAGGCGCUAAAUGUUUUCGUACGAAUCCUAGCAAUGUGCCAGUUAUGCGUGAGAAAUUCGCUAAAUAUGUCGUGGAGGAGGGUUUGGAAAUCACAUUACAUCCCUGCCGUUGGCCUACAUCUAAUGCGGGUUUAAAAAUGCUCUGGCUUAUCUCUUGGCCUUUACAAGUAUUAUUCAUAAUGACAAUACCGGAUUGUAGGCGUAAAAGUUUACGUGCGUGCUACGGACUGACAGUGUUGAUGUGCAUCGUAUGGGCCAUGUUUUUAUCCUACAUAGUCACUUGGUGUGCUGCAAUACUUAGUCACCAACUUCGCAUACCUCUAUCAAUAGUAGGUCUCACGUUGUUAGCAAUCGGUGCUGCUGCGCCUGAUAUACUCAGUUUUAUAUUAAUGGUGCAUCAUGCUAAUAGCGCUAGAGGAAUAUAUUAUGCGUGGACAAUAAAUAAUAUAAAGAUGUUUUUCUAUAUCGGCAUUGCCUAUGCGUUUGAGAUUACAUUGGAUCUGCUGUGGCCAACGAAAUUCUAUAUAAUCCCUCUAUCUACGCAACUGAUCACCAUGACCGUUUUGCUUUGUUUUUGUUUCAUCAUAAUGUAUAUUUUUUUGUUGUGCACACAAUUCGUUAUAAACCGCUGGUUUGGUGGUAUUUUCAUAUUGCUUUAUUUUUUGUAUAUAAUUAUUUGUUGCCUUAUACAAUUUGAAUGGCUGAAAACGUGUAAUAAGCCGUUUUGUGAACCUUUCAAAGUGUGAUAAAGACAAUUGAAAUAUGUUUCUAGAACAAGAGCGCUGCCGAUCUGUAAAGUCUGAGUAAAUGAAAAGAUCUUAAAGAGUUAAAAUUUAUCUGAAACAAGUUCUUUUGUAGGUUAAGUCCAACCAUGCUGGUAAAUCCUUUUUGUGGCAACCCUUAGCAUAACCACCUACGUGUCAAGUUUAAAAGAGAUUCAUUUACCACGCUAUACUUUUGAUUACUUUUGACUAGUUUCUAGACUGUUGUGUUCUUCUUCUUGAGUACCCGUCCAUGAAACUUGCAAAAUCGACAUACCUCACAUCAAUCACGAUCUUAUGUACAGCUCGUCUGUGAAGCGAACUAACAACUCCUUCUGUCGAUUUUUAUUAAGUCAUAUUAAACCGAACAAACUUGAUCUACUACGUGUUCGAAUAGUCAGUAUAAAAGGUCUGUUCCAAAUCGCAACUGUUCUUAUAACUUAUAUAUCUCGCAAUAAUUUGCGAUUAUUUUAACGCGAAAGUACUUCCUAAAUGUCCACACUUCCUAACAACAGCCUCGGCUUUCGCGAAAGUUUCUUCUCAAUCUGGCGUGUUCUAAUAUAUAUGUAUACUUAUAUAUUUACCAUAAAUCACUAUAUACUCUCAGCCAAGGCUAUCUCGAAAGUUUCUUCGAAAGUUUUUAUUGACUCUAGAAUGUUCUAUUGAAUACAUAUUAACGAUAAAUCAUGAUCUCAUGUCCACCGAGUUAACAGCUAGUGAAAACUGUCUAUCAUAAAUAAUAUUUAUUUACUUAUAAAUCCUUAAUUUAUAUAAUUGUUUACAUUAACUAUAUUAUCAGUGUUAUCGAUAUUUUGAAAUUUACUGUCAAAUUGAAAUAAAAGUAAA